AAAAAAAAAAAAAAAAAAAAAAAAAAAAAAAAAAAGAAAUGGGAUCUUCAUCGAAGAACAUCGAACAAGUUCAAGAAAUUUGUUAUCUCCAGUGGAUGGGUUUGCAAUCUCAACGCAUCCCUGAGCUCAAACAACUCUUAGCUAAACGACAAUCUCACGGCGAUAAAGAUAAUGAUAAAAAGCUCCGUGAAUUAACGGAAAUGAUCAUCGGAGAUUUCAAAGAUUACGCCGGAAAAAGAGCUAAUCUUGCUCACCGCCACAGGUGUAGCUCGAACUACUAUGCACCGUCGUGGAACACUCCUUUAGAGAACGCUCUAAUUUGGAUGGGUGGUUGCCGACCAUCUUCUUUCUUUAGGCUCGUUUAUGCUUUGUGUGGCUCCCAAACUGAGAUCCGUGUGACUCAGUUCCUCCGCAAUAUCGACGGCUACGAUUCUUCAGGUGGUGGUGGCGGCGCAUCACUUAGCGAUCUUAGUGCGGAGCAGCUAGCAAAGAUCAAUGUGUUGCAUGUAAAAAUUAUAGAUGAAGAAGAGAAGAUGACCAAGAAAAUCUCAAGUCUACAAGAAGAUGCGGCAGAUAUUCCCAUCGCCACCGUGGCUUACGAGAUGGAGCACGUGGGAGAGCCUAACAUGGUUGUCGAUCAAGCUCUCGAUAAGCAAGAAGAAGCUAUGGCCGCUUUAUUAGCCGAAGCCGAUACGCUGAGGGUAGAUACUUUAGCGAAGAUCGUCGAGAUUCUAUCGCCGGUACAAGCAGCGGAUUUCUUACUCGCCGGGAAAAAACUUCAUCUUUCAAUGCAUGAGUGGGGAACUAUGAGAGACCGUCGCCGUCAUGAUCGUGUGGUUGACUCCGAAGGUGAUGCGCGGGGAGAGGAAGUGAAGUAGUCUUUAUUAUAUUAGAGAUGCAUGCUAUUAUAGGUACGUUCGUGUCAAAUAUAAGAAUUGCAUAAUAACAAGAGUUAUAUAAUCUUGAUACUAUAAAGUAUAUGUCAUUACGUAUUUUAAGGAUAUAUAACCCUUAUAUAUAUGCUCGUUUUUAUUUCUGAAGUCUUAACGUAUAGCAAUGUGCAAUGCGUUACGUUGGUUUAUUGUAUAUGUACUUAAGUUUUGUUUUGUAUAAGAUUUAAAUAGAUGUCUUUUAAAUGCAGAAAUAUAUUUUUAAUAUAAUCUUAUAUAUAUAGUAA